AUGCUACUAUUCAUCUUCAACCAACAUGAAAGAGAAAGGCAGAGAUACAAAGGAGACGAAGUGAAAAUGCAUUCCAGGCUGCUCAUCCUCACGCUGGCCACCGUCACCCUUUUCCUGAGGCAAGGGGUCGACUCGUACACUGAUAAGGUCGUGGAUAUAACAGAGCUGGUCGUGCCGGAGAACCCACGGAUCGGCGAGGACGUCACUCUCACCUGUCGCUUCCGCCUCGAGGGCCACGGCCACCGCCUCUACACUGUUAACUGGUGGCGAGGAAGAGACCAGUUCUACACGUACAAGGGGAACAACGCGGAUCCCAAGCAUUCUUAUAUAUUCGAAGGCAUUCACGUUGCGCCCAUACCCAAGACCUCAAUAAUUAUCUCUCUCUCUCUCUCUCUCACCUCUUCACAGACAAACGAAUCCACAGACCAUUCCGUUGUGCUGAAGAACGUGAGCGAAAUAACUUCAGGAAUCUUCAAGUGCGAAGUCAUGGGGGAAGGACCGUCAUUCAGAACAGCUGUGAAGAGUAAAGUUAUGAAUGUUAUUGUACCUCCUAAACAGGUAGAAAUAACGUCGUACCUGCACCCAGACACGACGCUGUACCGCAUUGGGCAAAUGGUACAACUCAACUGUACCGCUACUGGAGCUAAACCCAAAGCACAUAUUGUAUGGGAGAUUAAUGGUAGACCGGUCGGGCCAAAGCACAUCGAGUACUUCCGCGACAUUGAGGACCGACGUGGCCGCAUCACCUCGACGGUCGGCGUCCACUGGUUCGCCCCGGACUUCUUCAUCCGGAACAAGGCCCAAGUCGCCUGCCACGCCUCCGUCGGGGGACACCACGCGGUCGACAGGAAGGACGUCUACUUCGACCCGGCCUCCAGCGCCGCCUUCAACCAUCAGUAUGCUUCGGCAGGGUGCCAGCUGUCAAGUGCAUGGACGAUCCUGGCUUUUGCUUCGAUCCUCCUGGCAAGAUCCUGCGCCUGA